AUGGAAAACCAAACUUUUAUAAAGGAGUUUAUUUUCCUGGGUUUUUCAAACCAUCCUGAUCUCUAUAUUUUAUUCUUCUUUAUGUUCUUUUCAAUCUACACAAUAACUUUAGUGGGGAAUGCUCUGAUCAUCACUUUGAUCAAGAUUGAUGUUACUCUGCAUGCACCUAUGUACUAUUUCUUGACAAAUUUGUCCUUUCUAGACAUUUGUUAUAUCUCUGCCACAAUCCCCGUUAUGCUCAUUAAUUUUUUUCGACUCAGGAAAACUAUCUCAUAUAUAGGAUGUGUUGCCCAAUUGUUUUUCCUCAUUACUUGUGCAGGAACAGAAUGUGUACUGUUGGCUGUCAUGGCAUAUGAUCGCUAUGUGGCUAUUUGUAGUCCUUUGCAUUAUUCCAGCAUCAUGAACCAUAGUGCUUGCAGGAGGAUGACAGGGUUCUCCUGGUUUUGUGGUUUAGCAAACUCAUUGGUGCACACCCUUCUUGCAUCAUCCUUAAACAUCUGCAAAUCCAAUCAGCUCAGCCACUUCUUCUGUGAUGUCCCCUUGCUUUUGAAGCUCUCUUGCUCAGACACAUCAGUGAAUGAAGCUGUACUCCAUCUAGCCAGUGCUUUGAUAGGACUCACCCCCUGCCUCUUUACACUUAUCUCCUACAUCCGCAUCAUUGGCACCAUUCUGAAGAUCAAGACCUCCAAAGGCAGAACGAAGGCUUUCUCUACCUGUGCUUCACAUCUGAUUGUGGUCAUAGUAUUUUAUGGUACUGCUAACUUUAAUUAUAACAGGCCUAGUUCAGGAUACUCUCUGGAUAUUGAUACUUUAGUUUCCUCUCUAUAUUGUAUUGUGACUCCCAUGUUAAAUCCAAUUAUUUAUAGUCUUAGGAAUAAAGAGGUAAAGGCCAGCCUAAUGAAAAUGAAACAAAAAAAUUUUUUUGGCAAUUAG